AUGAGAAAGUCUGCUACUGAGGCAUAUAAGUUAUUUGAGAAAAUGGCAGCAAAUAGUUAUCAAUGGACAUCUGAAAGAUUUGAUCCAAAAAAGGUAGAAAGUGUUCUUGAAUUAGAUCUUAUUUCGGCUUUAGCUGUACAAACACUCAUUCAAAGUCAAGCUACUUCAUUAAGAAGAUUAGAGAACCAAGUCAGUCAACUUGCUAGUUCGUUGAAUUCAAGGCCUCAAGGUUCUGUACCAAAUAACAUUGAAGCUAAUCCAAAUGGGGAUAAGGAACAAUGCAAGGCAGUAACUUUGAGAAAUAGUAGAGAAUUAGCUAGUGAGGGAAAGAAGCCCAAAGUAGUGGUGAAAGCAGUUGAGAAUGAGACAAGAGAUGAAAAAAAAAUAUCACCACCAAAAACAAUGAUUAAUCAAGAAGAGAAGAGUCCUUACAAUUAUGCCCCACCAUUCCCUCAGUGUCUGCAGAAGCAGAAGCUUGGCAAGCAAUUCUCCGAAUUUCUAGAGGUGUUCAAAACGCUCCACUUAAAUAUUCCUUCUGCUGAGGCAUUAGAGAAAAUGCCUAUCUAUGUCAAAUUUAUGAAGGAUAUAUUGUCUAAGAAGAAAAAAUUGGGAGAUUUUGAGACUGUUUCUUUAACACAAAAGUUUAGUGCAAUCUUUAAGAAGAAACUUCCACCAAAGCUUAAGGACCCAGGUAGCUUCACUAUUCCUUACACCAUUGGUACUCUGUUCUUUUGGAGAGCUCUUUGUGACUUGGGGGCUAGUAUAAAUCUUAUGUCAUUUUCUAUCUAUCAAAAGCUUUGUUUGGGGGAAGCGAAGCCUACUUCUGUCACCUUAGAGUUAGCAAAUCGUUCAUUGACUUAUCCAAAUGGCAUAGUGGAAGACAUUUGGGUUAAUGUGGAGAUGUUCAUAUCUCUUACAGCUUUUAUUGCAUUUGAUAUGGAGGAGGAUAGAGAAAUCCCAAUAAUUAUUGGGCGACCAUUCUAA